AUGGCCGCGUCCACCCUGUCCGUCUGCUCCAGCGACCGGAGCUACGGCAGCCGCGUCUGCCUGCCCGGCUCCUGUGACUCCUGCCCCGACUCCUGGCAGGUGGACGACUGCCCAGAGAGCUGCUGCGAGCCCCCCUGCUGUGCCCCCCCCUGCUGUGUCCCCACCUGCUGCGCCCCCACCUGCUGUGCCCCCACCUGCUGUGACUCCAGCUGCUGUGCCCCCUCCUGCCUGACCCUCAUCUGCACCCCUGCGAGCUGCGGGUCCAGCCCCUGCCCGUCAGCCUGCACCAGCUCCUGCCAGCGCUCGGGCUGCAGCUCCUCCCCCUGCCAGGAAGACUGCUGCCAGCCCGUCUGCUGCACCCCUGUCUGCUGCAAGCCCGUCUGCUGCACCCCUGUCUGCUGCACCCCUGUCUGCUGCAAGCCCGUCUGCUGCACCCCUGUCUGCUGCAAGCCCGUCUGCUGCACCCCUGUCUGCUGCAAGCCCGUCUGCUGCACCCCUGUCUGCUCUGGGCCCUCCCCCUGCUCGGCCUCCUCCUGCUGCCAGCCCAGCCCCUGCUCCUCGUCCUGCUGCAGACCGUCCUCCUGCGUGUCCCUGCUCUGCCGCCCCGUGUGCAGACCCGCCUGCUGCGUGCCUGCCUCCUCCUGCUGUGUCCCUUCCUCCUCCUGCCAGCCCAGCUGCUGCCGCCGGGCCUCCUGCGUGUCCCUGCUCUGCCGCCCUGUGGGCUCCCGCCAGGCAUGCUGCGUGCCCACCUCGGCCCAGAAGUCCUGCUGCUGA